UGUUUUUUUUCCUCCUCUUGAUCGUAUUAUGUGAUUUUAGAAAACGUUCGAACGUUGAAACGUCGAGGAUUAAAAGUUCAGUCUUAAUCGUUAGCGAAUCCUCUUGGAAUUCCUUGAAGAAUCAAACUCUAGAACGAAUCGAAGAAGAAGAAAUUAGGUGGUAAAUACGGAAUACUGUGUGUGUGUGUGUGUGUGUGUAUGUGUAUGUGCGCGCGCGCGAGAGAGAGUGAGAGAUAGAGCGUCCAAGGUAAGAAGCGAUCGAAUCGAAUAGUGGAAUUCGUGGAAUCCGUAAUCCGCCGCCGAGUGAAUGGCGAACGUCUCUAAGAAGAGUACCUAUAGUAAAGAGCACCAUCACCCUCUUGCGUUUCUCCUCGUCGAUUUAUCCUAACUGGGACUCGAGAUUAAGGCGGUAAUCGCUGAAUUGGCAAAAGCUAGAGAGAGAGAGAGAAAGAGAGAGAGGAAGAGAGAUGGAGAGAGCGGGCCUUUGGAUGAUCUUCAUGAAACGAAGCUCACAAAGGAGGAAAAGUAAAAAAAAAAAGGAAGUUAUAGAGCCGAUUUGAAAAUAUUUAUAUUAAAAUCUCACUUGAGAUGCGUAGCAUAAAAGUACCCCUUUUUCUUUUUGACAUAAAAAAAGAUAAUUUUCUUACUACUAUUUUGUUUUUUAUAUUACUCUUAUACUUAUAUAUUUUUAUGUCGAAUUAAAAUAUCAUUUGAAAUUUUAAUCCAAUGAAAAUAAAUGUCAAAGUCGCGUUGUAAUUGUCAGGAAAUUUCAAACAUGGAUCGUUCGUUAACAUUUUAAAGUUUCGACUAGCAAAUACUCCUCCCGUUCGCCUAGAUUUUUACUUGUUUUUCAGUUUUUGCUUGUUUUUCAGGUAGAAAAUAAUUGCUUCGCCAGAGGGAAGGAGAUAGACAGAGAGAAAGAGAGAGAGAGAGAGAGAGCGAGAGAGAGAGAGAAAGAUACAUAGAAUAUAUAGACAAAGAGAGAGAGAGAGAGAGAGAGAGAGAGAGAGAGAGAGAGAGAGAGAGAUUCGUCGAGAUUCAACGGGAUGCAAUAUCGACAGGUAAUUGGCCGGCGGCCUAUUCGACCGUUCUUUAUUGCAAUGGCGAAAUUUUACUCGCGAUAAAUUGUUAGCACAAGGUGAAAUAAUAUUUAUCCAUUCUACGACGUGUAUACGGUAUUUACGAGAAGAAAAUACUAACGAUUACAUUAUUAUUCAGUUUUACAUAACUAUAUCAUAUAUUCCCGUCGUUAGUACAAAGACAUAUACUUUGUAAAGAAUUAACAGCACGUAAGUUAAGAUCGUAUAAAUGAAAAAGUAGGAGAAAUGAAACAGAAGAAAAAAAAAAAAGGAAAGAAAAAAAGGAAAAACGAAAGAGAAAAGUAGAAAAGAAGAAAAAAAAAUUGACGCGAAAUACGUCGAAGUGAUACGCAAGUGUGAUACUUAUCAUAGAGAGAAAGAAGAAAGAGACGAGAGGUAAACGGGGGUAGGACGGGGGCGGGAGCGAGCGCGGGCGCGUGGUAAAGGAUCGGUAGUGGGUACGUGGAGUAAGUGCAAUAAUACCAGAUUAUUUGCAUCGUAAAGCCGUGCGUAUGGGUAAACACAAUAUUCGCUCUCCGCUCGGGUCUGUGAACCGAUAGCGUGCACCCAGGUAGAUUCGCAUCCGUCUAUCUCUCUGUUCUGUCGUCCCACCCCUUUCUCUCGUCGUUCUCUCGGUCUAUCUCAUUCUCUCAUUCUCUCUCACUUGCACGCUACAAGCCAUCUCUCUAUCAAGCUAUCUCUAUAUGUCUAUCUAUCUAUCUAUCUAUCUAUCUGUCUCUUUCUCUUUAUCUCUUUCCCUCUCUCUCUCUCCCUCUCUGUACAGCCACGGCAUAAUACAGAUUCUAUUUGAGCUGCCUCAGGGAAGUUAACUUGUGAUGCGUGCACUGCGCUUCUCUCUGUUGGCGAUUCUACGGAUCGAACCGUUCUCCAUUUCGUUGAUGAAAACCAGAAGGCGUACCACCAAACGUUCCCUUGUACAUAUAGGAGAUUGCGCAUAUAUUCCAUGAAAAUAGCUUAGGAAUAGUUCAUAUGUGCAUCUCUAUAAAUAUGUGCUACGUUCGAUGAUUCGAUUGUACAUAUUACAAACCUAUUUGGCAAUAAGUAACCCAGUUUGACUUUACCAAUGGGCAUUUGAUCUCGACAUUCGAUUGAUACCUAAAUCAAUAUGAAGAAGGAUCAUAGUAGGAAGGUCGUUUAAAAAUUUUUUCCUAUUUUUUUUUCUCUCGUUUCAAAUAGAAUGGGGGGAAAAAAAGGAACGAAAAAGGGCCAAAAAAUAAAAUAGCGUUGGAAUACGGGAGACCGUUUGAAAGUCCCUUUAUCUAUACUGCUAUUUUCCUAACUCUGACGUCAGACCCUCCGGCGGAUUUCUCCUCUCGGGAGAGAAGCACGGCGUCAGUAGCAGUAGCAGUAGCAACAGCAGCAGCAGCAGCAGCAGCAGCAGCAUCCCUUUACGUCUCUCUCUGUACGCGUUGCGACGCGGCGCAGAAACGAAAGGGGGCUUCUCGCGCGAGGGCGAAAAACGACUCGUGGAUGGGGGGGGGUGUGCGAGCAGCAUCCGUCGAGGGGUUGGCCUCGUCGAUGUCGGCGAAAGGAGAGGGUGACUGUCCCCAUACAAAAGGAUAGUAACGAGUGGGGGUAGUAACGCCCGCCCAUUGGUCCGCCCAUGGUCCGACCGAAGCGGAGUCAUUUGGAAUCAAUCCGUGGCACGAUUUCACCCUGUUGUAGAGACAAUCGUUGUUCUAAGUUCGCGAGAACACGAACGUUUUAUUCGAUUAAUCGGCAGAAUUUUUCCGUCUGGACUGUUUUUUUUUUCUUUCCGUCAAUUUCACCUAUUCGUUCGUUCCCUCUUUUUUCUUUCUUUUUUUUUUUUUAUUUCCUUUUUAUUUACCCGAAAGAUCAUCUCAUACUUGACCCAUUUCGAAAUCCAAGUUAUGUUUUAUCUGGUGUAUUGUCGAAGAAAACAGUUUAGUGUUUUAUGCCUGAAGGUUAUAGUCUGACGAUAUGUACCUUCGAUCAUGGAGAUCCGUUUAAAAGGUUCCAUCGUUUUAGUAAUAAUAAAAGAGAAACAUCCUUGACGGCGGCACGUCAUGCCGAUGUACACGCUCCUCUUGGCUAAACUCAUUGCGAGUGUUUAGAACCGGUAAACAGAGAAAGAACGAGAGAGAGAGAGAGAGAGAGAGAGAGAGAGAGAGAGAGAGAAGAAGGAAGAAAAUAAAAAAGGCGCGUUAUCGUUGUGGAAACAAACUAUUAGCGAAAGAUAGCACUCCAAGAAAGAGAGAGGUAGAGUCUCGCGUGUGACAGUUCGCUUCGGUGAAAUAUGUCGGACGCGGGACGUCGACGAGGAAUCUUCUCCGACGGUGAUGUUUCCGACAACGUUUGUCCUUGAGAUCCGCAAGAAGACUUAAAAAGAAGACUAAAAAAGAUUUGAUCUGAUACGGAAUCGUUGAUAAAAGUUUCGAAGAAGGAUCGUUCGGGGGUUCUUCUUUUUUUUCUCUCUUCUUCGUUUCCUUUUUCUUUGUUGUUUCAAGGACGAACGGAAUGCGAGCAAUGACCUUGAGCGUUGAAAGAAAGUGGUAAAAUAAGAAGUGUGUUUUUCGGUUCUGAUGAACGUUCGAGGGAACUCAUGGAAGCGCAUUGUGCGAUGAUGAUGUCGAAUCUGUCGUGCGACGGUUGCGCUGACAGCAGCAGCCGGGAUUCCGACAGCAGUAGCAUGAUCGUAGAUCCGGUGAGUCUCGAUAAGAACGACAUGUCACCCCCGCAAUCGUCGUCGAGUCCGUUAAUAUCGAGUUCUCCGGUACCAACGAUGACAGCAGCGACGACGAACUCGUUAAGAUGUCGCGGUGGUGCGAAUAGAAUGACGAAAAAAAUGCCAUAUUCGAGGAUGCCGGUAACGUCGGUGGCGUUGUCCUCGAAGUCAACGAGUCAACAAAAAACGUCAACGGCGGGUCAACAGUCAUCCGGUUAUGGAAACGAGAAAAUGUCUUCGUCUUUGAUAAAACCACCAUAUUCCUAUAUAGCAUUGAUCACCAUGGCCAUCCUACAAUCACCCCAAAAGAAACUUACGCUAAGUGGCAUAUGCGAAUUUAUAAUGUCACGAUUUCCAUAUUAUCACGAUAAAUUUCCAGCCUGGCAAAAUUCUAUCAGGCAUAAUCUAUCGUUGAAUGAUUGUUUCAUUAAGAUACCAAGAGAGCCCGGCAAUCCGGGUAAAGGCAAUUAUUGGACAUUGGAUCCACUUGCCGAGGAUAUGUUUGACAAUGGUAGCUUUUUACGACGUAGGAAGAGAUACAAGAGGCCACCGCCUCAUUACGUUCUUCGCGACAGGGCUAUCAUGGCUACCUUUGCAAUUUGCGGCGAUCGUGGACCUUGUCCAGGUGGUGGGGCUGGACAUCCAGGUACAUUGGCUUAUCCCGGUGCUGCAUACCUUUCACCACCACCCGGCCUACCACUUUUGGACUUUUCUCCGUCUACGUUGGAAGCUCUCAAAUUAGGUGCUUUCCUCGAGCCGCCAGCACCGCUUUACAAGCCUGUACCCAUUACCGCACCGCCUAUCAGACAACUCGAACCAACACCGACUAGGACAACAACGACGAUACCAAUGAUCAACGCACAGACCAGCGUUGAGAAGAAAAGAAACUUUAGUAUCGAUGCACUCAUCGGCAAACAAACGGUCAGCGAUCAAGGUUGCGCCGGUCUUCUCGAUCUUAGUCCGUCGGAGCACAGAGAAAUUAGAAGUCAAGCGUCCGCGUUUUCGCCUCUCGUUUAGAGCAAACCUUUCAUUUUGCUCGAUAAUUAUCUUUCGAUAUCGAUCGAUAGCGAUUCCUUCGUCCAAGUCGUCCGAUCCACCGAUGUAAUUCACGAUUAAUCAGAUAAUGGAACCCGUCGUAAUAAUGUAAAUUGGAUUUAUAGUAAUCGAAUUGUAUAUCUCGGAGAGAGAGAGAGAGAGAGAGAGAGAGAGAGAGAGAGAGAGAGAGAGCGAGAGAGAGAGAGAGAGAAAGAGAGAAUGAAAGACAAAUUUCGACGAAAGGAGUCGCGUAUAUUUCGUUUAAAUGGACUAAUCGUCGAUCGGUCACAUUCCUAUAAGAGACUCCUUAUCAAAGUGACUUUGUUUCGUCGGUUUUUAUUAUUAGAAUAAGGUCAUCGUCCAGUGAAUGGUGAUUUUAUUUGUACGGACGAUCGCAUCGAAAGAGGAUGCGAAUAAAUAUUUUCAAUACUCGAUCGUGAUCUCGACAUUCUCCUUCUAUUGAUAUACCGAUCCUAUAAUCAGCUACUACGUCAGUUAUUAUAGGAUUUAACUAUCGUAAAUUUUUAGUCGAAAAUAAACUUUGACAAAUAAUGUUACUACCGAUCGUCGGAGACUCGAAAAAUUAUGUCACCAUCAGCGAAAGUCAUGCGUUUGUUAUGAAUCGACUAUAAUUAAUCAACGACGUAUUCUUCUUUCUUUUUCUUUUUUCCUUUCCUUUUUUUUCCUUUCCUUUUCUUCUUAUCACCAACACCAACAUUAUUAUUCGUUCUUAUAAAUGCUAACUUUCGAAUAUUUUUAUUUCAAUGAUCCAUUUGUAUCUUUAAAUUAUUUUAUCUAUAAAAUAUCUUUAUCGAUAACGAUAAGAGCGCGACAAAAGAAAAAAAAAAAAGAAAGGAUAGUUAGACGAAGGCGUAGUGCAAUAGUACGUGAUAAUCGUUUGAUUUUUAAUAAAUUCUUCUAAUAUUUCUUAUUAUUUUUCAAGUCGCGAUAUUAUAUUUUGACUUUUUAAUAAUCAUCGAUAUCAUCAAAAUGGCCACUGGCAAUAGUCUUUGGCAGUCCGUUUGCGUUCGGUCGAUUAAUAACGGCAUUGUAAAUACGAGCCCCGGACAAAUAUGUGCGUAGCACUCUUAUUAUUCCGGGGGCAUGUUUCUUUUCUUUCUUUUUCUUCGUCGGAUUUAAUGUAAAGACACGCUACUCGAAAUUGGACCGCGUUCGGUCAAGUAGGUAUUAUUUAGUUGUACAUAAAGUGAUAAUAUGUAGUAUUUUAAAAAUACAUGUACUAAUAGGACACAUUUAUCAUCGUAGACAAUUUUAUUGUGCACAUACAUGUAUAUCUAUGACGUGACGUGGCUUUUUGUUUUCUUCGAUUCGUUGAAAAAAAGGGAAUUGAUAAUAAAUACAAAAACAAACAAACGAACGAACAAUGAAAAAACGAAACAAUACGAAAGCACGUUAUUACUUAAGAACAAAUUUUUCUCUUUUAAUCUAAUGUCAAUCUCUAAUGAGAUUGGCAGAGCCAAUAAUAUCGUCUGUCACGUGUGCAUUCCGAGAGAAUGAAAUUUGUUAGAAAAAGAAAAAAAAAGAAAAAAAAAAAAGAAAAAGAAGAAGAAAAAAAAAGAGAGUUUUAUAAUUUUCUCAGGCAGCUCUUUUCCUUUUUCUUUCCUUUUAAUUUCUCUUUUCUCUUUUUUCCUUUUCAUUUUUUUUUCGCCAAAUAGACUUGGCCGUAGGAGUAAAUCCAGUAAAAGUUUCGAGAACAGGGUAGAAACGUAAUUAAAUAAAAGAAAUCUUACAAUUAGAACUGUAUCUUACGCGAAAGAAUGCAACUAUGAAAAACAUAUCGUAAUGUUUUAACAUUGACAAUUAUUUUUUCACAAGUAAUUUUUUUCAAAUAUUUUAAAUAACGUUUUAUAUAUAUACUAUAUAUAUAUAUAUUAUUAUUAAGAAUCAAUAUAGAAUAACAACAAUAAUAACGGUAAUAAUAAUUAUUAUCUAUUAAUAUUAACGUUUUUUCUGUCUCGUUAAGUUUUCGCUGUUCGCAUUGGCACGGCCUUUAAAGUGGAAAAGCCUCGAGAAAUUUGUAUUGUAGAUAGUACGAAAACACUCGACGAACGUCGAUCGAAUCUCUCGGUGAGCAAUAUGAGCAAGAAGGAAGAACUCGAAGGAGAGGGAUGGAUGAGAGAGAAAACAGAACGAAAAGGAAAGAAAAAUAUAGAGAAACGGGAAUAAAAAGAGAGAAGAGAGAAUGUGUGAGUGAGUAUGCACGUGAUUGUGUGGGUGGAUUGCGUCUAGAUGUGUGUGAAAAAGAGAAAAAGAAAAAAAGAGGAAGAAUUCUCAAUGAAUCGACGAUACAUACCCAAAGUGAAAAAGGAGAAAAAAGAAAAGGAAAAAAGAAUAAUAAUAAAAAUAAAUAAAUAAAAAAAAAAGGAAAUAAUAAAUAAAAAACCGUGCAUUAAUGCAUGUAGGUAUAUAUCAGGAAAGUGCGACAGAGUUAUGCGUUAAUUUCAGGAGAAACGACGAGCCAUGAUAUUGGAUUAAAAUUACGACGAUAAGGCUCACUGUGUCGGUUAUUAUCAGAGCAUAAUGCGAGAGAGAGAGAGAGAGAGAGAGGGAGAAUGAGAGGAAGAGAGAAUGAGAAUGAGAGAGAGAGAGAGAGAGAGAGAGAGAGAGAGAGAGAGAGUAUUUAAUCAGAUUUACUUUUCUCGAAUAAAAUGAUGUGUGACGCGGUAGGGGGUUAUUUUAGGUAAAUAGUGUCAUAUUUUCAGAUAACUUAUGAAAGUAAUAAAUCGAGAUUUACUUCGUCAA